UGACAGUCCCUGUUCGACGCUUUUCCGUGUACCUCUAGAAGAUAAAUGUAACUGGUUUCUGUAUAUUUGCAGCGUUCUAGUGCUUCAAAAUUAGUUGUUGUUUGAUUCAAAAUCGUUAUAUUGAAUAAAUUGAAUAGUGAAAUUGUGCAAAUGCAUUUAAAAACCAAAUAUGUUGAAGAUAUAUGGGACCACGAUCCCGGUGUUGAUCUUGCCGAUAUAACGCUGCAGCUAGGGGAGAUAGAUAUACCGAAAGACGAAAAUGUUGAGCUGAAAGAGGAUUUGAUUUUGAAGCGGAUAGAUUUAACAGAUGAACAAGCACCCGUGAUCUCUGAGACUGUGAGUCCUGCCAAACCAGCAACACCGACCAAAGAUAUACCGAAGAUGAACACUUUUCCACGGGCCAAGAAAAAUGUGGACGACGAAUUCAUCUUGAACCAUCGGAAACGUCGGUUCUUUCACAACUACAGUUUCAACUUUCAGAAGCAUAAGCAACUGAAGGAGAAGAUAGCGUCCGCUGUGGAAAGGAAGAACAUCUUCUCGAUAGUCGGUCCUUAUCCUGCCCUCCGCAAAGCCCUGAAAAAGCGAAACUGGUUGGAGAAACAAACCUACAAAUGUGCUCUGGCUCAAGAUCUUUCUAUGCACUCGUUACUGCACAAGGCACAGGAGGGAAAUGAGUUCGAGGAAGCGUUGAUCUCGAGGAUACUCAGACCUCACAACGCGGACUUCAUUUGGCAAAAUCGGCACAUGAAAGAAUCGAAAAAAGACCGAUUCUACACACCAUACCGGAGUAGAAUAUAUUACGAUCGAACUUCCGACUUCACGAUGAAGGAAGGUCUCGUGAAGGUCAUUGAAGCAAUGCAGUGGCAUCAAGAUGACGGUACAGCGGAGCUGGAUUGUCCUCGCACUCACUUGCUGGAUUCGGAAGAUGCCAUUACUAUGUUUCUUGAAGACUUCCAACUGACUGCAUGCACCAGUUUCCUGUACUAUCUGUCCAAGUACCUUGAUGCAUUGUUCGUAGAAGAGGGAACAGUUCCGGUCGAUAUAAUCCACACGGCGAUGAAGUUCUGCAGAUAUCACCUAGCAUGUGCCCGUCACGAAGACGUUGACUAUCAAGAGUAUUGUGCACCGCUGUUGACUCCGGAGGAUAGGACAACUAUCGUUCAAAUUUUAAUCGAGGAAGCCAGGUUUAAGAUGCUUCCAGGCUAUGAGAUACUAUCGUUGGUAGCACAGGUUAAGAAGCUGGUGUUGGAGGCAACCAGGCACUUUCCGGAUAUGAAAAUCGAUGGAAUACGAAACAUGUGGAUCUUGAAACCGGGCAACAGGUGCCGAGGUUUGGGAAUCAUCAUUUUCAACGACGAUCGAAAGCUGCUGGACUACGUAGAUAGCAAUCCGGACGUCAAAUACGUCGUGCAAAAGUACAUUGAGAAACCACUUCUGGUCCACAACACCAAAUUCGACAUUCGACAGUAUUUUCUCAUCACGUUCACCAGUAAUCAGCUGAAGGUAUGGAUGUAUCGUGACUGCUAUCUUCGGUUUAGUUCCCGCGAAUUCAAUUUGGAAGACUUCAACGAAUCCAUCCAUCUGACCAACUACUCCAUUCAGAAAAAUUACGCCGGAACUGGUCGGAAGCCGGGAACUAUACUGCCCGCCUGCAACAUGUGGUCCAGCAGACAGUUCCAGCAGUAUUUGCAAUCGCUGGGCAAAGGCUACUAUUGGGAGCGAAAAAUCUAUCCAGAUAUGAAAAAGAAUGUCCUUUCGAUAGUCGCUGCCAGCCUGGAUGGGAUGAAGAUGGAGAGGAACAUGUUUGAACUGUACGGGGCUGAUUUCAUGGUGACGGAGAACUUCCGGACGAUGCUCAUCGAAAUCAACUCUAGCCCGGAUUUGUCACCAUCAACCGAAGUAACCGAAGUUAUCUGCCCAGCAGUUUUGGAGGAUCUAGUAAAAGUUGUGAUUGAUAAUACUAAUGAUAAACGAGCCGGUACUGGUCAGUUUGAGUGUAUCCAUUCGAUUGAGAUACCCCGGUUAGCGCCAUAUGGUUACGGAAUGCUGCUUGAGGGUAAGUCGCUAGGUCCGAAAAAUAGAUGUAGGAGUCCACUGCCGCCAACCGGGCCACCCAUGUGUUCACUGAAUCGAAGCCGUAUCAAACCAGCAAACUCAGCCCAGUCCCAGCCAUCCAGCGGCAGCAGCGGUGGAAGCAAGGGUUCAAGUGCUAGCAGUUCAGUCGAGAGAUCACGGUCAAAUUUAACUAGAUAAUAUGGAAAUUGCCUAUCGUUACCAACAUUUUACACAUGUUACACACUGCAGCGUGUUGCUUCUUACUUUGAUAAUUUAGUAGUUAUAAUAAAGCGGAAU